AUGCCCGUCCCUCCUUCCAGACUGAUUUCGGGUAAUGCAACCGUCAAUGCACGAUGCACCUGCCCAGUAUUGAUUCGUUUUUGGAAGGCUGGACAGAUCAAGGAGUCCAUACUCACCCACCCCUGUCGUUCCUGUGCGGCGAUCGCCAUCUCCGAAACCAACGGCUAUCAAAAACGCGCCGAUCGCUGUGCACAUGCAGCCCUUCCUCCAUCGGUUCCUUCCUACCGUUUCACGUACAACGAGAGGACUGCGCCAGAUGCUUGGCCAGCACAACAUGAUCCUGUGACCUCACGGCUUCACCGCUUACGGACGCAGUCAACUCAAUCUCUUCAGCAGCAUGCAAGAGAGAGUACUGAGUCAUUGAGAAAUCACGUACACUCACCGUAUAGUGCUGUACGACGACCUUUCGUCGCAAGGUGCAACUGUGACCCGAGCGACCAGAUAGAGAUUCCGCAGACAAUCAAAGUGUUGAUUCCACAUACGAGGAAGAAGAAGGCAUUAUGUAUUGGCAUAAACUACAAAAGCCAGGAUAGAGAGCUUCGCGGCUGUGUGAAUGAUGCUUGGAACAUGGCAGAAUUUCUAAAGUCCUCCUGGAAUUAUGCGAAAGAGGACAUUAUGGUGCUCACAGAUGAGCCAUACAAUCUGAGAUACAUGCCGACGAAACGGAACAUCCUUAGCGCAUUACGGUGGUUAGUGAAAGACGCCCAACCUGGAGAUUGCUUAUUCUUCCACUACUCUGGACAUGGAGGACGAAUCAUCGACUUGGAUGGUCCCCGUGUGGAUGGCCACCGUGUAGAUGGAUUUGAAAAGGCCAUCCAUCCGGUUGACUGGGAGCACGCUGGUGAGAUUGUGACCGAGGUCAAACCCUUACCUGCUGGUUGCCGCCUUAUUGCAUUGUUUGAUUCAUGUUAUUCUGGAACUGUCCUUGACUUGCGAUACAUCUAUCAAGUCAGUAGUCACUCAAAACGGCAUGCUGCGAACUCUCGAGCUCUUACAAGGUACCCGCAAGCUCACGUGGUAUUGUUUGCGAGUUGUAGCGACUUCCAAGGUAGUGGGGGCGUCAUCAUAAGGGGCGGAGAGUUUCUCGGAGCCAUGUCUUCUGCCUUCAUCUCGUCACUCACGACCAACCCAACCCAGACCUACCUCCAGGUGCUUGCGUCUGUGCAAGAUAUUUUACGUCGGACUCAGAGGCAGACGCCGCAGCUGUCGAGCUCGUAUCCAAUUGAUUCCAGUCAACAAUGCAUCUUGUGA